AUGGUGGUGAAGGAUGCAAAAGAAGCAGUGGCCGAGACUACCAAUGCAGUGGGGCACGCAAAGGCGGCGCUUAGCAACUUCACUGAAGAUGUGGACAGCGUUGAAGUGUUGCUGAGAGCGGAGGCUGAGGUCGGCAUUCGGCAUGAACUCCGGCAGCCGGCAAGGCAGGCCGUACUAAGGGCCACAGCUCCCGCCGCAGCCGUCACGCAGAGGGGCGUGCUGCACCAGCAAAGCACGAGGACCCACACGCAAAGCACCACACGGCGCAGCGUCAUGCUUGAUACAACCCCUGGUUGCUGUGGCCU